GUGAUGUUCUGGUGCUGGUGGCGGUAGUAUAAGCAGCACUCGAAAAAAAUAUCGCCAGAGAAAAUGUCAGCCGAUUCGCACCAUCGCGGCAGCCGACCCGCAACCUCCGGGGCCGCAUCAGGAACGAUUAUGCUCGGUGGCGGCAGUGGCGACAGUGGUGGUGGUAGUGGUAGUAGCAGUAGCGGCGUGGUCCGAUGCAUUCCGACCAUCGUUCCGCCCCAGGCCGUGAGCGAUCGGUCCAUCAUCGACAGUGUGGCUGGCUUCAUUAGCGAUGUGACGUUGCAGGCCCAAACCCCACCGGGGGACAUCAAGGAUCACAUCAUUUGGGUCCGGUUCGAGAGUACCGCGGACAUCAGCGAUCCGUCUCUUGGUGACGACUGGGAGCUGGAGGGUGGUAUCGCCCCGCCGCUGCUCCUUAUACUGGGUUACGUGACCGGUGUACAGGUUUGGGUCGUAGCGGCGAACGGUGAAGCGAUCGAGGUUCUUUCCUGGCGUCACGGUUCAGUCAAGUGUCUGCGUGUACUGCCAACGCCUGCGGCGGAGCUGGCGGACGGUGGCGGGCCGGCUGCGACUCAAAUGCUAGAUCCUCACGCCCACAAGCGACCGCUGAUGGCGCUGUGCGAAAGUGGUGGCGCCGGUGCUGCCGUUCCACCUUAUUCGUCGCUCAAUUUCGUCUCGCUCAAAGACGGCGAAACGGUGCGGAGCAUAAAGUUCAAGAGCCCCAUCGUGGACGUGCUGGCGAACCGGGCCUCCAUUGUGGUGACGUUUGCCGAGCGGAUCGCCGUGUUUGACGCGCGCACGCUCGAAGACCGGCUUACGGUGACCACUUGCCACCCGAGUCCAGGCCUCAAUCCAAAUCCGGUGGCCCUGGGGCCACGGUGGAUCGCCUAUGCCGAGCGGCGCCUCAUUCCUUCGAAACGUUCGAGCGGGGGCUGCGAGGGUGACGGCGUCACGAGCUACACGGCGACGGUGCUGAAUGCGGCUAAGAGCCUUGGCAAAGGUCUGCGCGAACUGGGGGAGCAGGUGGCCGCCGGUCUAACGGGUAGCCAUCUUGGGUCGAGCCUUGGAACUGGUAGUGCUGGAGGAUCAGGCGGUAUUGGUGGAGGUGGAGGUGGAGGUGCUGCAGUUGGAUCUGGAUCUGGCGGAGGGUUAUCUGCAGGUUUAGGUGGUGGCGGCAGUGGCGGGACAAUGGGCAGUGGUGGCGCAGGACAUGGGUUUACUGCCGACGGAGGCGUGGCCGGUGGUAGCGUCGGGAGCGGUAGUAUCAGUAUUGAUGCGACCCAGCAGGCCGGGGUGGUGACCGUGCUGGACAUCAAGCACCCAAUCCGGGAUGUGAGCCCGACCACGGGUACACCGAUCGCGUGCAACGGUAAUGAUCCAAUCGUGGCCCAUUUUGUCGCCCACUCGGAAGCGCUCGUCGCACUGACGUUUGAUGCGCCCGGUAUGCUGCUGUUGACGGCCGACCGCCGAGGGCACGACUUUCACGUGUUCCGUUUACAGCCGCACCCCAGCGGUUCCUCGCUCGCUGCCGUCCACCAUCUGUACAUUUUGCAUCGAGGCGACACAACGGCCAAGGUACAGGACGUGUCGUUCUCGCUUGACUCACGAUGGGUUGCAGUGUCAACGCUGCGCGGCACAACCCACGUCUUCCCCGUGACACCGUACGGAGGCCCAGCCGGUGUGCGGACGCAUGGUUCGCCGCACGUUGUGAACCGGCUGUCACGCUUUCAUCGUUCGGCCGGUCUAUCGAUCGAUGCGCGGUCGAGUAGCCCCAUUUCGCACGCUGGCGGUGUUGGUGGAGGCAGUGUCAGCAUAGGAGGCGGAUGCGGUGAGGGUGGGAUGGGUACGCAUCAUCUACUGACUGCGACAGCGUAUGCUAAUCCACGGACUCCGCCGUUUCCCAACCCGACCAUCGUUCAGCCGUUGGCGCAGCUUCGCCAGCCCGCCAGUCUCACCGCCCACCCCCACCACGGAGGACACUUGGUUGUUGGUGGUACGAGCAAGGGCGGUGGGAACGGGCACGGGCACACCGGACGGCAGCGGAACUCGUCUUCAUCGUCGGCCGACGAUCCGGCCGUGAAACCAUUGCGCGUUUGCGCGACGUUCGCCAAAGGGCGUUCAUGGCUGCUCGAUGCUCCUGGGGCGACCAUGCGCGACACACCUGCCCACCGAAUUCAACGCAAAUCUCUCGAUUCCCUCUUCAUUUUGGCCGCGCACGGAGCGCUCAUUCAGUAUGAUCUGGAUCCAAAGCACGUUUCAGGAACGCCGAGGGAGAAGAUUUGCGAUGAUACUCCGAUCGAGCUGGAGGUUGAAGCGAAGGCACAAUGGUGCCUGCAGCGUCAGGGGAUGGCAUAUUCGAACGAAAUUCAACCACCACUACCGGUCGACAACUGGCUUAUCAAGGAUCGGCUUCUCGAUGGCGGCACCACCGGUGGUGCGAGUGGUGGUGAAAGUUGCGGCAGCUCGUCGCUCGAAUACCCGGCCUACGAUCGAAUAUACCAUUCGGGCAAUGAUCCAAAACAGCAGCAGCACGAAAGCGCCGGUAGCGUUCAGAUGACCACGGACCAUGUCGAUGAUCGUUGGCUGUCGCAAGUGGAAAUCAUCACGCACGCCGGACCACACCGCCGACUUUGGAUGGGGCCACAGUUUAUGUUCAAAACGUACAAUACACCGAGCGGCUCACCAUUAUCGUCGAUUGAUACAGAUGCGGUGGAAGUUUCCUUGGCCAUGGGUAGCGCCGGUGCCGGACCAGGCGUUGCCGCAUGCGGUACUAUCUACAGUCGCCCCGCUCGCUCCAAUCCAAUGAACAUGCCUUUGGCAGGAGGUACGAGCUACGAGCAGAGCCCACGCAUAAUGAACAUGAACGAGUUUCGGCACCACGAAAACCUGGACACGGAGUUUUCCUCGCUCGGCCCUAUAGAAUCGCAGUUACGCGAGGAUCUGGCAGAUGCGAUGCGCGAAUCGCCCCUCACUACUAGCCGUGACGUCACAGGGCGAUCAUUCGCAAUCCGACAGCAUCAGAAAUUAAAGCCAACGUGUGUCCAUCAACAGCAAUAUCACCAUCAACAUCUGCAGCAGCAACACCAGCAGCAGAUGAGUUCAUCUAGUAAUCACUCAUUGGCGUCCACACACACCACCACAACGGGCCUCUCGUCGGUAUCGUCGUGCUCGUCCACCUCCAUCUACUCGUCAACACACUCGCUCAGCUCGAUCUGUGACCAGCAGAUUCAAAUACAGCAUCAAUACCAGCUGCAACAGCAACAACAGCAGCAACAUUGCUCCACUAACAAACUUUGUGGUGGAGCGAGCGGUGGUGGCCCAUGUAGAGCUGUUCCAGCAGUAGUUACGGAUAUUGCAACGGGUUACUUCGAAGACAAAUUGCGGCAACACCAGGGAGGUAGUGGAAAUCAGCAAAAAGGUGCAGUAGCACUUCCUCAUCACUGUCGGCAGCAGCAGCAGCAGGAGCCGGUGCGAACGGUGUCGUCAGCGGCUAGCUGCCGCAACAUGAUCAUCGCCAAGGUGGUUAACCCACUCGGAACGGUAACGACGGUUAGCACGAUAACGGCGGCGGCGUCCACGGGCGGUGCGACUGGUCCAGAGAGCAUCGAGUCGGACGAGCUCAUGCAGGAAUGCGAUGAGGCGUACCUGUACGAGAACUGCGACGAAUCACUAUUCCGCCCCGUGGUGACGGUGCACGCAACAGGUGCAGCGGUGCAUGUGGUCGAAUCACGAACGUCGGUUAGCCGCCCGCGGGGAUCCUCGUUGGACCGCACUGCCAGAGCGGAUGAUUAUGGGGGAUUUGACGGUGACUAUGACAAGCGCUCCAUCAGCCAAUCAACCUCGCUAAUUGGUCGGGAUCUGAUCGUGCCGGUGAUUGAGGAGGAGCACCUUUCGCACACUUCACAUGUCACCAACAACACUGCUGUCAUAGGGGACAAGCAGCCACCGCCCCGAGCAAAGCGGACAGUGGCGAAAGCUCCUAAAGCUCCGGAGUGCCCUGUUGAUGGUUCCGAUGAAACGGGCACCGCGAAGGUAACGAUCGACGGCAAGCGUGGCACAGCUGUUGCAUGCGCGCUUGGAGAGUUCGUCAAUGUCGAGUUUCCGGCAGAGCCAGGGGAACCGCUGUCCAAGACUGACAAGAGCGACGUGAAGGAGCCGCCGCCGCCGCCGAAAGGGCCAAACACCAAGGGCAAGUCUGCCAAACGGACAUCUGUGCCGACGUUCGGUGAGGAUGAAAAAUCGCUCACCACCACUACCGGUGGAGCCAUCUUUGAACGAAAGGGCAAAAGAGAAGGUAUAAGCGGCGGUGGUCCUAAGCAUGGAGAAGAGAAGCGUCGAUCGGUAACCGCCUGCACUGGUAGUAGGAAAACGGCUCAUCCUGUGGCGAUGGUUCCAAACGAAAAGAGGUGCCGUGACCAGCGGUUAUUCGGGCUGCUUCCUGUCGAGCAGGACGAGGCAGUGGCUGGACUCACCUGUGCUAUUGCCCUGCCACCAUUGGAAGCACUAAAAAUCGACGAUAAGGAACUGUUCGGAGAAGAUAAUGACGGUGAGCUGGCCGCGUGCCAGCCAAAAUGCAGACGGUCGUGGGCGGGAGUGCGAAAUCGACAGCAACCGAAGCCAUCACCUCCGCCGUCAGCUUUAUCGUUGCGGGAAGCGCCGUCCGCAAACUUGGCGACGGCGGAAAGUGAAGAGUUUCACGACUUUUCAACCAAAUACGAGAUGAUGGACUUUGCACCGGCACUGCUGCCACUCCGUACCACCGACACUGCUGCGCUAUCGCCUUCAGCUGAGCAAGAAGCAGAGACAAGAGAGAGUACUUUGAUCAGUUUCGAAAGCCCGCUACAGGAGCGCGAUAUCCUCUCGCUGGACGAGCGGGAGCAGCUACAGGUAACGGACAAGCGGAUUCAGGUGGCCGAUCAGAUGCAGAAUAUACUCCACGGUGGUAACAUUCUGUUGGCGAUGUGCUCCAGCCUGCACAAAGCGUCAUCGGCUUCAGAACAACCGUUUGACCGUCGACAAAGCGCUGCGACAAAAGAAGUAUUAACCGAAGGACAAGACUCGGACUACAAAAGCCUCGAGCUCGAGACAGAUGUUAUGUUGUCGUCGGAAGUUAUUGGAAGAGGCGCCCUAUUAGGACACGAACCCAAUGGUGGUAGUGGUUGUAUCAACCGAGUUGUUGCCGAUCGACCUGCUGCGACCGGCACCGAUGAUGAGGACAUAGCGGAGGAAGAUGAGCAAGAGGAAGCAGAGAAGGACGACUACGAGGACGAUGACGUUACCAUCAACUCGAGCAAUGAGCCGGAAGAGGAAGCUGUGGAAGCUACGACUACGAUUACUGCCAGUGGUGGUGGUGGAAUCACAAACAAGCGGCUCCGAAAGCGCGGAGGAGCACGCGCGGCUGUCAUUCCAGCGUUUAUUCACGAUCACAUUGGCGAGGAUGGUGAGAAGGAAGAUGAGGAUGGAGAAGAGGGCGCUGAUGACGACGAGGAAGAGGAAGACGAGGAGCUACAACCACUGAUCUCCAGCAACAAAACAUUUUCCUCGUCGCUUUCCGCCACGACCUGUGCGACCACGAACAACGUUUUCUCUCCUCAAUCGGUAGCCGGUUCCACAGCCCUAAGCAGUUGCAACGCCAGUGCACAACCGGACGUAGUCAAUGAUCGGUCGGACCCUGUCGCACUAUACGUGCUCCCAACCGUUGAAGGAUCAGUGGCAUCGAAAAUUAAGAUAACCACCACAGUGACAACGGCAUCUGGUGGCGGCAACCAACAGCAGCUGGCCGCACGACAGUCGUCGUCAGCAACGUGCGGCGGUGCAACUUGUAGCGGGACCGGAAAUGGGAACGGGAAAUCUAAAAAAUCUAAAAAAAAACGCAAAUAAUCAACGCUAGCGAAGCGAAUGGUGCUAGCCGUAGCGUCAUUGCUGCUGAUACUGUUUUAUAUCGUUGACCCAUUGCUAUGGGCUUUCUCUCUUGCGCGACGCCUUCUUAUGUGUUAGGAUUACGAUGCGUAUGAUGUAACGUUUUUGGUAUUGGGUUGUUUUUUUGGAUUUGUUUAAUAUGUCCCGCUACACACAUAUAUACGGAGCAACCAACUUGCUGCCCCACGCACUUCUGUCGUCUCAUUUAUUCUCCUUUCUGCACUCGGGCGCCGGUUCUCGACUAUUUGAUUAGCGAAACCGAGCUUUGGUCGUAAGCGAACGUUCACAAUAGAGAAUGCUUGUAAUCGUCAAUUGCAUCGGUAGUGGGAAAUGUGUUUCUCCUUCACCACUCUCUCGCUUGAUGCUUGCUGCUGCGUUGAUACUUGCCGGUAGUUGUCUUACCUGUCAUUACUAAGUUGGUAUCGUGCUGUUUGCGAGUACGUGUGCAGUGUCAUACUAUACGUUUUAAACGUCGCAGGUCCUUUUUGUGUAAGAGUUAUACAUUAUUUCAGUUUUCCAUGGAUGCAUUGACAGUAAAACACCAUGGCGGAAAUUAAUGAUUCGUGUAAUGAAAGCGUCAACAAAUAGUAGAAAAAACUAAACGGAAGCAGAUGCGAAAAUAAAGUUACUCACGCCGACUACUUAAGCAUUGAUAUCUGUUUUCCAUAGCAGUAUAUAUACCACUACGACCACUCGAUCAGAAUAAUUACAUCGAUUUUGUGGUUCUUGAUAUGUUCUACUCAGAAUAUAUGUUUUUGGUGUGUGUGUCUGGUUCUCAAGGGGGUAGGAAUAUGGUCUUGGAUGUAAUUGUUUCAUAUAUAAAGAGACAUUUAUUACAUUGGAUAAUGUGCGCGGGGAUCUGUUGUCACUAAACCAGGAAGCAGUAGAACCUCUUGGUAAAGGCAAUGGUGUUCUUUGGCAUCAGGCAGCAAGUGUCGCACAGGGAACUGUGUUGCCCGAAGGUGUCAUGAUAUUACUCCAGCUUUGUGUAAGCUGUCAGAUGCACUAUUAGAGCACUAGCGCAGGCUGAUAAGUAGGUGAACUUAUUUUAGUAAUAGAACAAGACAUUUUUUUUCUGUUUGAUCAAACUAUUUGCCGAAAGGAUGCAUUCUUGUUCCUUUAGAUUGCAGUUUUUCAUUUGAUUCUUCUUUUAUCUAUCGAUUACUUGUUUUCAAUGCAUUAGUUGAUCGUAUAGAAACUCCCAGCACGGUGUCAGAAACUUAUGUACGACCAAGAGAAUUAAGAAGGGCUGGUGCCCUUUGGUGUAGUACGAAUUAAAAUAUGUUCGUUAAGACUCCAAUCGCCAUACGGUUUGCUUAAUUGUAUUCCCCAUGAAAUUAGAGUCGCCGUCAGAUAAUAGUUUGUUUUUGGAUUUGACAAAUUUAGUUACCUAUUAUCGAGAGAUCCUUGUGACGAAGAUGUGGAAAAAAUAUGUUGCAAACUUGAAAAUACAAAAAAGCUAAGACGAUAGGUAAUCCAGUUAUUCUUAAACAGGCACCAAAAAGUGUUUAAAAAAACCACCUAAUUGUAAUAUUUAACAGCAACAAAAUGGAACAACCGGCAAUGUCUGCAGCAACAAAAAUCGUUAGAUAAGUUCCCAAAAAAAAUCCCAAAAAGCAUCAGAUAAAUGCAUAAUUUACACAUCGCAGUGGGAUAGGAAGAAAAGUGUAGGCAUCGUUGAGAACUAAGCGAAUAAACACAGAACAAACAGCACCAAAGGAUGCGUGUGUGAGGGAAAGGUGAGCUUAUCACAGAUUGGAAAAUAAUAACACUAGACGGAUCUGAAGUGCAAAACAAGCACCGAGAGGACAAUUAGGAGUAAAUAGUAGCGAACCAGAAGGAAAGAGAGAAUGAGCGAGAGAGUAAACUACAAACAGGAUUCAAAAAUAAGUAAUAAGAUUCAAAAUAAGUUCAACAGAGAAAACAAAACAAAAAUUAUAAAAGCCCAUAAAAUGUGAUUAUUUAUAUAUUUAUCGAGGAAGCAGUUUAGCGAUUAGAUUGAGUAGCGAUAGGUGGUCAAAGCAAGAUGCGUAGAAUUGUUAUGUGUCCGACUGUAAACCUAUGAGUUACAAUUAUUUUAUUUACAGCCAACGUAAACUUAAACUUGAUAAAGAAAACAGUUAGGGCAGUGCACAUUGUUUAGAUCAUGAGAGUGAGAAAAAACAGAUCUAAUUUUUGAGUGAAAAAUACCGAGCCCGGGAGGUAUAAAGAAAGAGAGAUAGAGACAGACAAAGAAAGAGAGAGCGGAAGAGAGUGAGAGAAGUGGGAGUAAGAUAAACAAGUAUGUUGCAGUGCAGUGAUCCACGUUAUGCGAAUAACACCGAAGGAAAAACAUGUUUCAGUGGAAGAUUUGUCGUUUAUGAAACGUCUUACAAAGUGGUGAAGAAAAGCAUAAGAAGUCAUAAAAACGAAAUAGAGAUAAUAAAAAACGAAAAGUGAGAAAACUUAUAAACA